UACUAUAUAAACACUUGGCCGUGACUUUGAAAGCGUUAAAGUUACACUCAACUCAAAGGCACUAUAUCCGCAGGUUCUUUGAACCUACUAGUGCCACAACUUCAAGAAAUCAUGAAGAUAUUUAUAUUCAUUACGCUAAUAGCUAGUGUGUGGGCUAGUUAUGAAGAUGCACAUGGUUCUACAACGUACCAUGAGACGCAGAAGACCGUUGAAAUCCCAAUCUAUAAAAAAUAUGCAAUUCCCAUUCCACAUCCAGUCCCGGUCGCAGUCCCACAGCAAAUUAAGGUCCCUAUUCCGCAGCCUUAUCAAGUUCAGGUCGCAGUUCCACAUCCAGUCCCGGUAGAGAUUGUUAAAAAAAUUGAAAUCCCUGUCGAGAAACCCGAGCCCUACAUUGUAGAGAAAAAGGUUCCUUACGUUGUAGAAAAACCAUAUGCCGUGACCAUCGAAAAACACUUUCCAGUCCCAAUUCCUAGGCCGUACCCCGUUCAUGUGCCGGUUUACAAACACGUCUUUCACCAUCAAAGCAAACAUCAUGGUCACGGUUGGAAGCACUAACCUCACUUGUGCCAAAUUUUGUGACUAGUUGAAGAACUCGCUGCCCAAAAUCUUCAAAGUGACUUGUAUACCUGUUUUUUGAUUAUAUACUGAUUGUAAAUACUUGCUAUAACGCAAAAUGUGUUACUGUGUUAUUGUUAUCUAAAUACAUUUUUUUAAAUAAAGUAA